AUGGACCCAAAGUCAUCUCCUCCCAAUUCCAACACCACCGUUCCGGUGACCCAGGCACUGUGGGAAGCGAGGUCCCACAUGUUCGAGAGGCUCUUGGACCCACCAGUCGACGCUCCUCCGCAGAGCGAAUUGCUGAACAGGACUCCAUCACAGAGCAGGACUACAAUUUCUCUACACUGCUAUGCUGUUGAUACCACAACAAGGCCGCUCUUACUGGUCACUGCAUCUGUUGACAAAAUUGUCCUGAAGAAGCCAAUUAGUGUUGACAUUGACCUGGAAAUUGUUGGUGCUGUCAUUUGGGUGGGGCGGUCAUCUAUUGAGAUCCAACUAGAAGUUACUCAAUCCACAAAAGGUACUCUUAACUCUGUGGUACCUUUAGUUUUGAGAGAUUGA